UUAAAUUCGCCAUCAUCGGUAAACGUGGUAUGAGAAGGUCACUUUGAAAAUAUUCAUUUUUACGGGAUCUUUUCUCCCCAUAUAAAUCAUAAUUACGAAGAGGACUUUUUUUUCAUUUCCGCGAUCUGGGAGGGCCACGAUUUUGAAAUGCCCCGCUGUUGUUAUGAAAUAUUGGGGGUCGAAAGAGACGCAAGUGAUGCUGAGAUAAAGAAAUCUUACAGAAGACUUGCUCUCAAAUGGCACCCAGAUAAAAAUACUGACAACUCCGAGGAAAGUACUCGAGUAUUCACAGAGAUCCAACAAGCUUAUGAAGUGCUUAUAGACCCACAAGAGCGAGCAUGGUAUGAUAAACAUCGCGAACAAAUCAUUAGAGGAGGAGAUGACUAUGUAGACAACAGUAUCAAUUUGAUGAAGUAUUUCAGUGCCAGUGUGUAUUGCGGUUUUGGAGACGACGCACAAGGAUUUUAUGCGGUUUAUGCCAAUGUUUUCGAAAUUAUUACUAAAGAAGAUGCUGAAUUUUCGGAUGGUCAAGAUCUGGAGGUACCUGAGUUUGGAACAUCCACGAGUGAUUAUGAAGAAGUUGUUCAACCUUUUUACGCUCACUGGCAGAGCUACUCGACUCUGAAAUCUUAUGUAUGGUUAGAGAAAUACGACCUCAGAGAAGCACCCAAUCGAAGGGUUCAAAGAUUGAUGGAAAAAGACAACAAGAAAAUCCGAGAUGCCGUAAAAAAAGAGAGAAAUGAAGAAGUUCGCGCAUUGGUAAAAUUCGUUCGUAAAAGGGACAAGCGUGUCAAAGCAUAUCUUGAGUUACUAAAGGAAAAAGACGAGGAAAGGCAACGAAUUACAAAACAAAAACGUCUGGAAGCCUUGCGAGAAAGGGAGAAGAUGUUUGAAGCGUACAAAGAAGAAAGCUGGGCCUCUUUGUCCGGACUGGAGGAGGACUUGGUCCAAAUGAAUGUUCAUCUUGACAGUGAAUUCGGCAGAGAUAAUGACAUCAAUGAGAGCCAAUCAGAUGAAGAGGAAGUGCAACAAUAUUAUUGUGUGGCUUGUGAUAAAGCAUUUAAAACAGAGAAGGCGUUAGUUAACCACGAGAAGUCGCGGAAACACAAAGACAAAGUCGCUGCAAUCAAACGAGAAAUGGCCGACAGUGAAGAUAUAGAUGAACUUGCGUUACACAAUGGAGAAAAUGGCGUAAAUGAAGAUUACGAUGCCAGAACAGAGUCAGAGUAUUUGAGUAAGAGACAACACAGUGUCGACGAAACUUGCGCAGAUUUUGUGAGUGUUGGAGAAUUAAAUCUGAUGGACUCCGUAGAUCUGUCUACUAUGAGAAUUAAAGGUAACAACCGGUACAAAGUAAAGGUGUUGCACGAGAGGAAACGAGCUCUAUCAGGAAUCGGAGAGGGAGAUUUGGAAAGGGGAGAUGAAGAGAAGGAAGCCGCCAACGAAGAGAGCAAUAGAAUGGAAGCAAAAUCAGAUGAACGAGAGGUGGAGGAAACUACAGGCAAUGAAAAGAGCGAGGAAAACGUACAUGAAGACGAUAGUACGCAAAAUUUGUCAAACGAAAACAGGAUAACAACAAGUGAUAUUGAUAAUAAAGAAACGGAAGACUGUAAAGAGAACUUGGAAUCACAAGAGUCUGAGGGCGAUAGACAGACGACUGGUGCCGUUACAGAGAAAAGAAAGCCUAAAGAAGGUAAUAAAAAAUCGCCACAAGCGAGUAAAGAGCCAGCAGCAAAUUCUUUCAAGUGCAACGUCUGCCAAGAUUCAUUUCCGACAAGAAAUAAAAUGUUCCAACACAUUAAGGAGCUUGGACAUGCACUGAACGUGGACAAAAAUCGUGAAGCGGGUGAGUCGCAACGCCAAGCCAAGAAGAAAGGCAAGAAGAAACGUUAAGCUUAAAAUAUUAACUUUAUAAUUUCGAAGUAUGCCACUUAAAAGCAGUUAUUAUUUACAUAUUUUGGUGACACGGGUUCUUGACGAUUUUACUUUCCGAGGUUGAAUGCUUUCCGAGGUUGAAUGCGUUCCGACCCGUAAAGUAUGCAGAACUCGAGCCGAAUCAAGCGAGGUUAUUUUUGUCUUUGUUAAGUCGUAAAACUAUGCAGGUGUAUUUGGUUUAAUUGACAUGUAUCGCCCUCAAGGUGCUUUUCUCCACAAUAUUCUGUCUCCAGAGCUAACUUGUUCAAAUAAGGCAAUGUUUAUUUACAGAUUUGAGUUGCUAAUGGCGCUAAUCAUGUUACGCAAGACACAUCUACUAUGAUGCCUUAUAACGCAAACCACUAUUAUAAAUAACAAAUAUUAACGCAAACCACUAUUAUAAAUAACAAAUAUCGGACUGAUCUCCUACCUUGGAAGGUAUCAAAUUACCUCUUGGACUAACUGCAAUAUGUUGCAGAAAUAUUUUAAUCACCCAAAUUGUAAGAAAAUAUGCAUAUUAUACGAAUAAAUUAUUCAGAGUAUUAAAUAGUA